AUGUCUAAUCAUAAUGAAGAACCAAUUUAUCAAACAGAAGAUGAAUGUAUUCAAAAUUUUUUUAUGAAAAAUCUUGAACAGUUAAAAUAUUAUAAAUUAUCAUUUUGUUGUAUCUCUAUUUUUUGUACUAAUAACUAUAAGGUAAAACAAGCUAAUAAUUGUAAAAAGAAUAUUCGUAAAGCUUAUCUACCUGCAGUUGAAACAUAUUUAACAUAUGAUUGUAUAAGAAAAUCAAAAGAUUUACAAGAAUUUAUAGUUAAAUUAAAAGAAUUAAAGAAUAUAUGUUCUGAGAAUUUUUUGUAUAAAUUAAUAGAAUUAAUCGAUAGUCUAUCUAAAUAUGAAAAAGAUGAAUAA